UGGCUUUUUCAAAGUCUGGCCGGCCUUCAUAUCUAUUUCUCAAUUAGGACAACAUUAUUGUAGGAAGGUAGCUAGAAAAACCACUCUCUUCUCCCAAAUACCUUAAGGCAUUCUCAAUCUCUUGUUCAAUAUCUGCAGAUCAUCCUCCUCAUCAUCAUCAUCAUGUACUCAUCAUCAAACCCAAAUGGUUACAACAAGUACGCAUCAGAGCAGCUGCAUCAUCAGGGUGGGCCGCCCACGGGGAUCCCAGUGAGCUCGAGCACAGAGCCCUAUUUUAGCACCAGUCAUGAUCAAGACACCGACACUGACACCCACAGCCACCACCCUUACAGCCACGGCCAAGUCCCUCCUCAUCUCCGCCCUAGAGCUCCCGUGCCUUGGUCCUCUGGCCUCUGUGACUGCUUCUCCGAUCCCAAAAACUGUUGCAUAACAUGUUGGUGUCCAUGCAUCACUUUUGGCCAAAUUGCAGAGAUUGUGGACAAGGGUUCUACGUCAUGUGGUGCAAGUGGAGCGCUGUACACGCUGAUAACGUGCGUGACAGGUUGCCCUUGCUUCUACUCAUGCUUCUAUCGAUCCAAAAUGAGACAGCAAUACGCCUUGGAGGAGAGCCCUUGUAACGACUGCUUGCUUCACUGCUUCUGCGAGUGCUGCGCCCUCUGCCAAGAGUAUCGCCACCUCCAAUCCCGCGGUUUCGACAUGGCCAUCGGGUGGCAUGGAAAUAUCGAGGAAAGGAACCGGGAAGUGGCAAUGACCCCUGUGCCUCCGGUGGUGGAGCAAGGCAUGAGUCGCGAUAAAUGAAACUUCCUAGAGCAUGAUUUAAG